AUGACUACACAGAGCGCAUACAAGAUUGAGAAACCAUUUAAGAUCAGUAUCAUUGGAUCUGGUAAUUGGGGAACUGCCGUUGCUAAGCUUGUUGCUGAAAACACCGCAGAGAAGUCUGAUGUGUUCCAAAAAGAAGUUCAAAUGUGGGUUUAUGAAGAGAAUAUAGAUGGAGAAAAGUUGACUGAAAUAAUAAAUUCUAAGCAUGAGAAUGUGAAGUAUUUACCUGGUAUCAAAUUGCCAGAGAAUUUGAUUGCUAAUCCUGACAUUGUUGACACAGUCCGUGACUCAGAUCUCCUUGUGUUCAAUAUUCCACAUCAAUUUUUACCUUCUAUUUGUAAACAAUUGGUUGGUCAUGUUAAUAAGAACGUCAGAGCUAUCUCUUGUCUUAAAGGAUUAGAGGUUGGUCCUCACGGGUGCAAAUUAUUGUCGCAGGCCAUUACGGAUACGUUAGGUGUAUAUUGUGGUGUCCUUAGUGGUGCCAAUAUUGCAACUGAGGUUGCUAAGCAAAGAUGGUCUGAAACCUCAAUUGCUUAUACACUUCCAGAUGACUUCAGAGGCCAAGGUAAAGAUAUCGAUGAAUAUAUUUUGAAGAAGGCUUUCCACAGACCAUACUUCCAUGUCAAGGUCAUUGAUGAUGUCAUUGGUGCUUCUUAUGCGGGUGCUUUAAAAAAUGUUGUGGCAAUUGCAGCCGGUCUUGUUGAUGGUAUUGGCUGGGGUGACAACGCUAAAGCAGCUGUCAUGAGAAUUGGUAUCAAGGAGAUUAUCCACUUCGCAUCGUACUACGAGAAGUUUGGAAUCAAAUCCAAAAUACCCCCGAAUCCAACAACAUUUACAGAAGAAAGUGCCGGUGUUGCCGAUUUGAUAACCACUUGUUCUGGAGGUAGAAAUGUGAAGGUUGCGAAAUACAUGGUUGAACAUAACGUUGAUGCAUGGGAAGCAGAAAAGAUCCUUUUGAACGGUCAAUCAUCUCAAGGUAUCAUAACUGCCAAGGAAGUACAUGAGUUAUUAGAAAGCUUUAACUUAAGGAAUGAAUUCCCAUUGUUUGAUGCAACAUACAGGGUCAUUUACGAAAACUUAGAUGUACAAGAACUCCCACACAUUUUGGAGGAUUGCACCCAUUGA